GUUGGAAAGUCUCAUAAUUGGUGUGGUUGUGGCAGCCAGGCUGGUGGUGGUGCAUCUGCACAGUUUGGUGCCUGCUUGAAGCCAUGCCUCGUACGCGCAUGCAGUUUGACUGUGUGUACCCAUGGUGCAUCUGCAAGAACCGCCACCAUGGGCCAAAGGAGCAGACACAGUCGGGUAUUCAUAGACCUUGCAGUCCGGGAGCACGCACUCCGAGACCUCGUACUCUAGGAGUGCAUGCUCUGAGACUGCAUACUCCAGCAGCUCACACUCUGAGAGCACGUACUCCAGAAGCGCAUUCUCUGAGAGCGCGCACUCCACAAGCGAAUACUCCAGAAGUGCAGUCUGAGAGAGUGCGUACUCCAGAAGCAAAUACUCCAGGAGUACAUACUCCGAGAGCGCGUACUGUGAGAUACCGUCUCCGGAGGAUUAUCUUGGUCAAGCCUUCAAGCGCCACAGAUCAGAUGGGGAGGAUGAAGCCUCAGCCGUAUGGAGGAACCAAUGCCCCCCCUACAAGAGCAGGGAGCUCAGGCGGGGCCACAGCAAGGACACGGCUCUCCAGGACAGCCCGACGGGUCACAGACUGCUCAGCAGCAGCAGUCUGCCUCCUCCCAGCAGCGCUUCCUCUCUCCUCAGGAUCUAAUUUGGUUACGGAGAAUACUGAGAAAGAAGAUGGUGAACUCCGCAUUGAGGCAGGCAGAAGGGACGUCUGGCGUCUUGAUCAGGAGAAGACGGGUUCUUGUUCUUCCAAGCCGGGCUGGCAUGAGAAUGCGGGCAUCAGAGGACCCUCCCCAUCCCCAGUCGGGUCUCCUGCCAGCGCUGCUCAGUCCCGUUCGGGUCCGCUUUCACCUGCUGCAGUACCAGAUAUCUCCUCAGGAGGCUCUCCUGGGCAGCCAAACUGCAGCGCCAACUGUCACCGUCCGGGAACAAGAGGAAGUAUGAACCCAACGAGAGUGGAAGAAGCGGCCGACGCUGCCAUGCACACAGCUGCCAACUCUGUCCAGAGCAGGAGGGUCUCCUGGGCAGCCAAACAGCAAUGAGAUGUCCAAUGCCAACUAUCCGAGUCUGGGAACAGGAGGAAGCCUGAGCCGAAGGAGAGCACAAGAAGCGGCUGCCACUACCAUGCACACAGCUGCCAACUCCAUCCAGACCAGGCCUGCUGGUUAUCCCAACAUGAACCAAGGAGGAAUGACGGGCACUGGAGCUCCUUCUGGCCAGGGAAUUAACAGUCCGGCUGGCAUGAUGAACCCCCAGGGCCCACCCUAUCCGAUGGGUGGGAAGGUGUCUAACAACUCCGCAGGGAUGGCGGCAAGCCCUGAAAUGAUAGGCCUUGGGGAGCAUUGCAUUAACACCUGUAUCUAAAAUGGACAAUGAUGCAGACGGGACACCAAGAGCAAAAUCCAAGUCAAAGAAUUACAAGCGGCCGAGGGACGGUGACUACGGCCCACCCACCAAGCGGCACGAAGGGGAGAUGUGCAACGUCCCAUAUAGCACCGGGCAGGGGCAGACGCCGCAGCAGCUGCCUCCAGCACAGAGCCAGCAGCCGAGCCGGCAGCCAACGGCGCAGCCAUCUCCACAGCAGGGCCUGUAUAACCCGUAGGGGAGCACCUUCUCCGCUGUUGACCGUCACUCUGCUGCUCAACUGAUAGUUUAUUUGUUUCCUCAUUUUCGUUUUCUUUCUAAUAGAGGUGUGAAGAAGUUCUAGGUUCAGUUGAAGUUCCUGAUGCUCCACGUGUUAAGAAUAAAUAUACAUUAAAUCUUGGUAAGGUGUCUGUCAGGGUUUUUUAUGAGCAGGACAGGGAGGUGACUUUGGUGCUGGCAGGUCUUGGUGCUGUGACGAUGUAGGUCAGCAAGGCAUGAAGAGCCUUCAGGGUCGUGUGCUUUGGGGCCACUUUGGAGGCUGAUACCAUGUGGUCUGGCUUUACUUUCUCCCUUUGGUUUGUUUUGGUGAUGGAGGCUUUGUUUCGUGCUGCGUAGGCUCAGGUAGGAGCAGAUUUGCAGCAGGAGGGGAAGCUGAGGCAGAGACGUGUGGUGCACAGGGUGGAAAAGGCUCGGAAGGGACCUGCUCCCUUUGAGCUCUGUCAAGUGAACCAGGUGGCCCUGCUCCUGCGGAAGGGCUUUCCCAGGCUGAUUCCCUUUCCGGAGAGCCAGGGCUGCAGCGGGACUCUGCGCUGCCUGUCGCCGCACGCACAGGUAGGAGGGGGAGGGAGAUGCCAAACCCUCCCUGUGCUCAGAGGACGUCAUCUCUGGGAAUGAGAUUUGGGAGGAAUGUGCAGGAGGGGAUUAUUGUUCCUUUUCUGGGGAUAAACAGACACUUCAGCCUCUUGUGUUGCCAAUCCGGGCGCAAAAGCAGCGCAGCUUACAAGAAAAUGGAUGGAAUUGUACUUCACAGCAGCCUGUGACCCUGGAUGCAGCUGGACUGCUGGUUCUCCAGAGGAGAAGAUGGUUUCCCAGCCAAGCAGAACCAGUGAGCUCGGGCUGCAAAGGGCAGGACCGAGGAGAGAAACCUCAGAGCAGGAACCAACCGAGACUGCAGCAUCUUCGGUUCAGGACGCGCCUGCAGCAGAAGCGUCAGGGCCCUGCAGCGCACCGCAAACCACACCACCUCCCGGAGGCGAGGGUCUUGCCCGCUCACUGCCUCCAUUCCAAGCUUGGAAGUUGCCUCAGUUCAUCACUGGGAUAUCCCCCCUCUGGUUUGGGAAACCUGAACAACAGAGAGCAUCUGGUUUCAGCCACUGUCUUAAUUCCUAUUAAAGAGGUCUUUCUCUCCGUGUUCUGCAUCUCCCUUUGCUCUCAGGUACGAAUUCUGUGUGGUUCACUCUGGAAACUGGGCUGAAAAAAGGCUGUGAAUGGGAACAAAACAGCUGCUGCAUAAACGAUGGUGUGAGCGGGAACACAAACUGGGCAGGUCUGUACAAAGGCAGUGGAGAGCGAUUACCAGCCGGUGGCAGCAGGCGCUCGCCAGAAAGGUCCUGUUCCACCAGCUGGGCCACAGGAGUCCUACUGGGAAAGCUGCUCCUUCUGCAUCCCAGAGGCACUUGGAGAGCAUCAGGGUGGGCACCUCUUGGUGCUCCUCCAACCUACAGACGUGUCUAAAAACCCGUUCUAACCAGGAAGCCAAAGAAAUAAGUGGGAAUUUUGGAAGCCCCACUGGCUCAGCGCUGUUCCCAUGGGCCUGGGAGCACUGGGACUCGCAGCUGCUUUUGCUCCCCCACCAGUCUCAGCUGCUUCACCUGCACCUGAGCAGAAAGGGGGACGUUUCCAUGCCUUGUGAUGGCUCACGGCUGUGAACCAACCCUACACUGGAGCCGAGCACAACCUGACGGACGGAGCCCCCAGAGCUGAGGUAUCCGUAGAGUCAUAGAGUCAUAGAAUAGUUUGGGUUGGAAGGGACAUUAAAGAUCAUCUCGUUCCACCCUCUGCCAUGGGCAGGGACACCUCCCACUGGCUCAGGCUGCCCAAGGCCCAUCCAACCUGGCCUGGAACCCCUCCAGGGAUGGGGCAGCCACACCUUCCCUGGGCAACCUGGGCCAGUGUCUCAGCACCCUCACGGGGAAGAAAUUCUUCCUUCUAUCAGCCUCAAUCUGCCCCUCUCCAGUCUGUGCCCGUUCGCCCUCGUCCCGGCCCCACAGGCCUUUAGGAACAGCCCCUCUGCAGCUUUCUCGCAGCCCAAGAUCAGGCCCAGGCCCAGAGCCGGGAGCCAAGCGGGAGGACGCGCUGCGCUCACUGCCUUUGCUGUCACUGCACCAAAUCCCACUCUGGGGAGUGCAGCCCAACAUCUGCCGAGGUGCUGGGGACCCACACGCCGGCUCUGCCGCCUCCUGCAGACGGGCACGGCCCUCACGGCCGGGACGAGCUGGAGAACAACCUGGACUGUGGCUGUUUGCUGGAAACGCCCUCCUCUGAAGUCCACACCACGCGUCUAAGAAAAUGCAAAGGAGAUGAAAUGGUCCAUUUGACAGAGCUCAGAGGGAGGCGUCUCCCUUUCAAUGUACAGCGAUAAAACCACACCGAGUUCAGCAGUCACUUUUGUCCUUCAGAGUUUACCAUUAAAAACAGUUAGGAAAGCGGUGCCUGUCAAUGGCAUAACAGGGCAAGUCGUCUUUCCCCCCCCAAACUCACUGUAAACGACAGUAACUUUGGUUAAAAUGAAAAAAAAAGUCUUCUAUGUAGACAGAACUUUGAUUCCUUUAAUAAGGGAUUCGGGACAGAUUUGAAGGGCAGAGGAAAGGGAGAGGGAAGGGGGAAGGUCUUUCCCCAAGGGAGAAGCAGGACAGCGCAGGGCAGACAGUGGAUUAUGAGGUGGUUUUGCAUAAACAAAGGGCAACAGUCAGUUUCUAAGUUCUCCACUCACGCACACGCACACGGGGUCUCGGAUCCCACAGCUGUCAUGACUGGCCAAUUAAAAACAGUACUUCACAAAUCACUUGUGAAACCAAAGAGUUCAUCAAAGGCAACACGGAGGUGUCCAACAGCCACGAGUCACGUAACGUGAACUCCGAGUGGUUCUCGUCCACCUUGGCCAGGGCGAGCAGUGCCCGAGCGGCUCAACGCAUCAUGUCCACGCUCAUUGACUCCAAGGGUGGGUUCUGCAUGUUCAUCAAACCGGCCUGGCUCUGCUGGAACUGCGUGGUGGCCAGGCUGUCCUCCAAGAAGCCCAGCAAGUUGCCAAUGCUGCCCUUCUGCACAGCAAUCGCUCUUGCUGCCAGGCUGUCCCCUCUGCCAAGGUGGCCAGUAGUACCAUGCAGGGAUUCAUUCACGGACUCUGGUGUGAGGUUGACCAAAGACCUUUAUUGUUGCAAGUAGCAGCAUUACAUACCCUUUCUACUGUCUAUGCUAGUUUAACAUGCCCCGAGCUCUCUGCUAAUUGGUGCUUUCUCUUUCCUUUUUAGCUCUGCCACACCCUGCCUCCUCACUCCUCGCUGCUCAAGGACAUAUCCAACAAUUCAAGGUCAUCACCCACAUGUCCUCUGCCGGUCCAGAGAGCUGUACCCUAUGUCCUUACGCCCUUGCCACAUGGCGCCUUCCUGCGGGCCCUCCAGACCAGACUCUAAGGGACCUCCCAUCAUCUGAGGAGGAAUGUUUUGCUGAGCAGUGGAGCCUGGAGGAGCCGAGACCCUGUCUCUGCCGAGACCCUGACGCAACGCAUCACGUGGUAGCUCUGUGCGUGUGUGUGUGUGUGGCUUCUGAGCCUUUUCCACCCUGCGCACCACACGUCUCUGUCUCAGCUUCACCUCCUGCUGCAAAUCUGCUCCUACCUGAGCAUACACAGCACAAAACAAAGCCUCCAUCACCAGAACAAACCAAAGGGAGAAAGCAAAACCAGACCACGUGGUAUCAGCCUCCAAAGCGGCCCCAAAGCACAGGACCCUGAAGGUUCUCCAUGCCUUGCUGACCUACAUCAUCACAGCACCAAGACCUGCCAGCACCAAAGUCACCUCCCUGUCCUGCUCAUAAAAAACCCUGACAAACACCUCACAGGCGUAAAGUAUUUAUUAUAUAUUAUGUACAUUAACGUACAUUUAACGUACAUUUAUUCUUAACACGUGGAACUUUUUCAAAUCUCGAUCAGAAAGAAAACAAAAA